AUAUAACAUGGAAUAUGAAAGAAAUUAGUUUGGGUAUAAAGCUAUACAUGCAUACAGCACACUGGCAAACUAAAUCCUAUUUUGCUGCAUCUGAAAUCGUAGAACACGCGAUACAAUAUCACGAAAGUUUCAUGCUGGAUAUGCUAAUUACAAUGUCCAUUUCCCUAAGAAAGCAGCAACAAAUCGAAGCUCUCGAUUUCAUUCAUCAACAACAGCCGAUCUAUCGAUCCGUAACACCAGCCGAUUUCUCUUCACCAAAGUUAAAUCACCGGUUGAAUGUCGUUUUUUUUUUUUAUUGUAAAUGUAAUCGAGUAUCAUCAUUACCGUAGAAUCUGCAACUUUUUAGGUUUUCAUGCUAAAAUUUUCGCCGAGGAGCUGGUAUUUUUGCGAAGACGACUGUAAUCACUUGUGUGAACGAAUCGAGAGAGGAGGAGGUUUGAGCAUGCUGAAACAUGAUUAUGGCUCCAAAGAAACAUCAUUUACAGUAGCUUGGGGUUUAAAGGUUUGGUAGCUUAUUGGAUGCAAAGGAAUACUUCUUUUCAUAUUUACUUUUGUUGUGGAAUGACGUUGUGCAUUUGUGAGGAUUAUCAUAUCCUCAGUGGGUUCCUUAUCACAACACAUAGGAAAAGAGAAUCCCAUCUGUCUGUAUAGAGUGAAAAUCACAUUCUUAUGGAUGCCUGAAAGCAUUUGUUUCUUUAAAAAAGCUGGUUUUGUGACCACUCUCAUCCACAUCAACACGUGGACAGAGACUGCUCAUGGGCUAAUUAUUCAUGGAACAUCUCUGAACCCUGCUUUCACUUUGCACCUUAUGGUGGGAUUGCUGCAAUGCUGAUAAGGAUUGCAGGCUGCUUAUUCAAAGGUAAAUGCACUCUCUUUCUAAUCAUUGGUGAGUUUUUUUUAUUUAUUUUUAUUAUUUCUUUCAGUUUUCAUCCCUUCCUGGAUUCCUCAUUUUAGUAGUUUAUUCCUCCUGUUAAUUAUUGGUUUGUUGCUUAGAAAUGUGAAAUAUCUAUGCUACCAGCCUACCACUACCCGAGCCAAAUACAGAAUCUUUUUGGGGAGUUUUACAGCUUGGACAAAUUUGGACUGUCUUCACUUAUUAUUGACUGUAGGCUAGGUUUACAUCUUUUUUAAGCUUUGUUCAUGUCUGCUCAUCAAUUACUAGGGAUGAUUAUGUGCUGGUUCUGAAAAUCAGCAAUAGUUUUUCGUGGAGCCAUAAAUAUAAUUCAUCCUUAUUUGUUUCAGUCUUAGCCCAUGUUUGGUUGAGUGUUUUUGGAGGUUGGAAAGGGAAUCAAUUAAUUGAAUCCAUUACUCAUUAUUUGGUUUGGAUAAUAAGGUAACCAUUACCCUUACUUAAGGGUGAUCCAAUCACCCAAUUUGUUACCCCUCAAAAUAGAGGGGAAACAAAAGAAAGGGAAUCUCUUACUAAUGAUUCAUUUCCAUUGUUAAACCAAACACUCAAUAAAAGUAAUGUUUAUUGUUACCAUUCCACCCCUUUAUUUGAUUCCAUUCCCUUUCCAUUCCUCUACUCGAACCAAACGACCACUUAUUGUAUUUCACAUUACACAUAAAUAUGGCUAUGCAUCAGCUGUAUGACAUGUAAGUAUACAUGGACGCUAGUGAUCGUGUUUAGUGAAGUUUGGUGUUAAAUACUGUAUUAAGAAAUUAGGGCAGUGAAACAGUACAAGGGGAGGGGGGCCUGGUGGAGUAGAGAAACUGUGAUAUUUUCAUUGAUCCCUUGGAAGUGGCACACAAGGUAUCCUAAUUUUCUGGCAAAAGUUACAGAAAGUUAUAUGAGCUAAAAGUGGUAUCCCAAUUAUAAACAAGCGACUGAGUCAGAAAAGUUUGAUGAGGAUAAGAACUCCUUCAGGUCUUUGUCAUUGCGUCUUUCUAGUUUCUCUUACAGCAUCCACGAUCAUUUCAUGAUUGGCCAUCAAGAAUCAUCGUUCUAACGUUUAAAUUCACUUAUAGCACACUAAUUAUGCUGAAAUGUAUAUCUUUAACAGCUUGUACUUUUUGGUCUUGGCUUGGCUAUCUCAAAGCAUCAAUAUUUUGCAAAGUGUCAAUAUUUGUACCAUUGGGUAAUAUAUUUCCCUUUUUCUGCCAAAACUAUCAAUUGAGUUAACCAUUUAUAUGUAAUUAGAUCCUAUGUAAGAAAUACAUGAAUUAGAUUCCAAUUCAGUGAGUUUAGAAGAGAGAUUACUGCAUAGUUUUUCUUCGAAUGUUGUGUACGUUCACAUGUGUGUGUUGUGUGGUAUCAUGGGGAUUUUGGAGGUGAGCAAGAAGGGACCAGGACAUUAAAACCUUUAAUGGUGAAGGGACACAUGUUAGAAUGUGCCGGGAUGACAAAAACCUCAGCUGUAAGAGAAUAUUGUGUGUGUGUGUGUCUCACUCGCACAGUUUCUUCAUUUCUAAGUCUGACACCACUACUUGAUAUUCUUGAGGGUGUUUACUUUCAGUGAUAGGAUUUGAUAAGAAAAAUAUAAGUUAAGCUGCUAUAUACUUUGAUAGAUUCAUUAAUUUCCAACUUGUUUGAUCAUCUAAUCCUUCAAAAUACUUCAAUAAUAUGGUUUGUCUAUCUAUCCUAUCACACAAAGUAAAUGUCCAUUGGUGGUAAAAUACCAAUCAAUACUACAAUAUAUGUAUAAGCAAUAAGUAAUCUUAUUAAUAUUAGUAGGAUUUAUAUAUCUGAGGUUAAAUAGUCAAAACAUAAAAAAAAUCCUGAUUAUGGAAACUAUAGCAUAGUGUAAGAUAUUAGAUGUGGUUGGUCCAUGAAAAAAUUUAGUCAUUAUUGAGCUCAAUGUCUCCAUCUAUCUAUGUCAUUGGAUAGCUCUUCAUUAAAUUAUGUCUUACUAUUGAACAUGUUAAAGCUAUACUUCUUUAACACAUCCAAGCUAUGUUUUUUGAACAUGUUAAGUUAAUAAUGUUUCCUAAUCACAUAGAGCGAUGCUGUAUUUUGCAUAAUUUUUAAUAUGCUUUCAAAUGUUUUUUGGACAUUUCAAAAUAACUGCAAGAUGUUACAAUGUUUUGAAACCAAGAUAAUACAUACACAAAAAGUACACAUGGAAAUUGGGGGCCUUCCUUAGAUCUUUUUCUCCAUUUAUGCAUCUAGUUUUCUCACCUAUAUAAACGCAUGCAACCUUAGGCUCUUUUCCUAUCACAUCCAGAAAUCCCAUCUAUUUUAUUUUUCACUUGCUUUGUGCUAUUUCUUCUUAUUUUAUACAAUGGAGAGUAAUCAACUGCAAUGCCAAGCUUCCUACAUGAGAAACGCUCUAUUCAGUCAGGGAUACCUUGAUGAACAGUUCCUUCAAUUGGAAGAUUUGCAAGAUGAAGCUAACCCCAACUUUGUGGAAGAAGUGGUCAAGCUAUUUUACACGGACUCGGCCCGCCUUAUUCGAAACAUAGAACUGACACUAGAAAAUACUCCAUGGGACUUCGAGAAACUGGAUAAUAUUAUGCAUCAGUACAAGGGUAGCAGCUCUAGCAUUGGUGCCAAAAAAGUGAAGAAGGAAUGCACACAAUUUCAAGAAUACUGCAAAGUUGAGAACAUCGAUGGGUGCGUGAGAACAUUCCAAGAGGUGAAACAACAGCAUGCAGCACUCAAGAGGAAGCUUGAGAACUAUUUUCAGCUUGUAAGAGAAGCUCGUUAACUCGCCUACGUGGAAGUGGAGGAACGACGAUGAUGCCAAAUAAGUGAAUGAACGUUAGUUUCUACUCGUAGAAUGUAAAAACUUUUGAAUAUAUAAGAGAAUGUUGCUUUUUGUAGAAUGAAAUAACUUUUGACUCGAUGAAUACGGAUGAUCAGUUUCCGUACA